CCCACUCUUCCUUGGAUUUCCUACCUGAAUAGGGAAACUCGCCUGCAUGAUACAACCCCCAAACUUGACCCAUCAAUUGGCCUUUGACCGUUGGCAGCAUCAAAACUUCGAGAGAAUCACGGUACAGUCGUUCCAUCAGCCUCUUCCUUGAAUUCCAAAUUUCGAAAUGGUCAACACAGGGCAUCCGAGCAGGGCUUGCAAGCUCUGCCGUGCGAGAAGGAUCAAGUGUGACGAGACCAAACCGUUUUGUUUAAAAUGCGCCAAGUCGAAGAGAGUGUGCCCGGGCUAUCGGGACGCUUUUGAGAUCAACCUCCGAGAUGAGACCCAGUCAACUAUUCGCAAGGCCAAGUCUGCCGCUUUGCGUAAAGCUAUCAAAGAAGGGCGCACACCGGAGCAGGACGAUGAAAGCAAAGACCAGACCCAAGCGAAAGUGAUGGAAUGGACUCCACCGGCAGCACCGCCUCCGCGGCAACGGCAGGUCAACAUUAUACCAGUGAAUAGUGACGACGACUGGUUUGACCGGUAUUCGAAUUCAUCAUCCUCAGACGUGUCGCCAUCAAUGUCUUAUGCUUCUUCACUAUCGUACAUCAGCACCCAGGCCCCCGAUUCCUUUGUCUCUUUCAAAGAUAUCGAGGGGGGGACGUACGGGAUGCCACACACCUUGCAGACACCUCUCGACCAACAAGCUACUUGUUAUUUUCUCGCCAACUACGUCCUCGCUCCGCCGAUAGGUGUCGGACGAGGAAUUAUGACCUUCGUCCUCCCUUUGUUGAAUAUGCCAAACUACCAGGCAUCGCCGCUGCAGUCGGCAUUUUCUGCCGUGUCAAUGGCAGCCUUGGCCGGAAGGCCGAACUCCCGACGCUUGUCCUCAAUGGCUCACUUGCACUACAGCAAAGCCCUUGAAGAUUUGACACGAGCCAUGCAAGACAAGUUGGCCGUCAGACAAGAUACGACACUCGCCUCGGCGAUUCUUCUUGCCUUCUACGAAGGUCUGGUGUCAGACAAUGGUGGGAUGUCUGGCUUCAAGAAACAUAUUUUAGGAGCAACGGCCAUUGUCAAACUACGAGGACCCCAUCAAACACAGUCUAGCGCGGGUUUGAGCAUGUUUGAAUUUGUCAGAGCGGCAUCGAUUCGGCAAUACACAUUCUUCGGCAACAUUUCACUAGAGGACCUGGCUUGGUGGGCUCGGCAAGCAGUCUGCGAUAGCGUCGGCCAUCAAGCUUUAGUUUUGAAUCUCCAGACGACCCUCAUCCGAGCCGAGGCCGAUAGCUUGCUCAAAGGCGCACGAACGACGGACAAAAUCGACAAGGCUUUAAAGCUACUCCAACGGGCUCGGAAGAUGGACGACGAACUUGGUGUAUGGUUUGAUAAUUGCCCGCCGGCAUGGAGAAAAGUCAUCUCAGGGACCGCCGCCAAUGUGCCGCAAGAUAGGAUCAGACUCGUCUCGGCGUUCCCUGGAACGAUCUAUGACUAUCCGAACGUAUGGGCAGCGGGAAAGCAUAUCAAUACUCACGUGUCGCGACUCCUUCUUAAUCAGGUGAUAGUUCGUUGCAUUGCUUGGGUUUGCGCACCAAGCGAUCACACCCUUACCAAGGAGUAUAUCGACGCCCACAGGAUUGGCACUGAGCAGGUUGCGGACAUCAUCUCAAGUAUACCAUAUUUUUUCGGUUGGACUGGGGAUGCGCUGAGUACGCCGUACUUUCCCUGCGGGACAUCCGAGAUGCCCAAGGGUUUGGCUGGUAUAUCGUGCAUGUGGCCUCUACUUGCCACGGGAUCAAGCCGAUUCGCAACCCGAACACAGCGAGUCUACGUUAAAGCACGUCUGGCAAAUAUUGCUGAAGAGAUGGGUAUUCGCCAAGCCGACAUUUUCUCCAAACAAAUUGUGUUGGAAUCGCCAAAACCAGAUCCAGCAAAUAGUUACUGUGCAGAUAGUCUCCUUUAUUUGCGUACUUAGCUGCGCGUCGGCAAUCAUACCCCUUUUCGCCUCCAACAUGUUUCCAUCACCUAGACCGUGCCCGGACAGCUGAUUAUUUUGGUAACUGUGCAUGACAAGCAGCUCAAAUCACAAGCAUUAUCAAAGAAACCAACGAUGCAGCAACUCCGAACGACCUCGACGGUCCAACAAAUGCCUAUUUCUGUUACUCAACUUUGGAUUGCAGCUUCAGAAGUAGUCUCAAGCUUUUUUGUGAUAAUGCGAAAUCGACGUUGGUCUUAGCUUUAUUACUUCAGCCAUUAUUCAAAAUAACCGGCGCAGAAUAGGGUAGAUGGAUUUUGUCGAGAUCUUGUACGAAAAGGUAGUUCCCGCCAAGACGUGGUAGUUGUGUCCAGCUAUGUCCCGCAGUGCCAGUCCCUGCCCAGGAAACUCGGAGGUUGGUCAUGAGAGUAAGUCCAGGGAUCUUGAGCAAGCACCAGAUUGAGCCUCGCCGACUACACCGUCACGAUUUGCUGCUA